ACAGACAGUAGGCUGUCGGUUGUUGUUCUAAUCAAGAUGGCUGCUGUUGUUCGGGAUGGAGAGUAGGCUCAGGCUGUCAUCCGAACACAGGCCGAGGAAACGCAGAUAAACACGCCCAAAAACAGGCACCAAAACCCGACUGGACCCAAACUCCCGGACCGCCGGAACCGAAUCUGAUUCUAUUGUGAAGCAGGGGGACCAGAGACAGACAGCAGCCAUGGACACCACCACGUCCAUCAAGAUGACCACGCUGGCCAUCCAGAACCUGUUUGGCUACGUGGAGGAGGAGAACCUGGCAGCUCUCAGAGCUCACCUGGACCGAUUCAAGGAUGUGGACGGACGCAGUGAUAACGGUCAGACCCCUCUGAUGCUGGCGGCGGAGCAGGGCAGUUUGGAGAUCGUCCAGGAGCUCGUCAGGAGAGGAGCCAACGUUAACCUGGACGAUGUGACUAUGUGUAAGAUCCUCCCGGACUAUGUGUAA